CCUCUGAUGCGGGGUGGGCAUAGUAUUGAUUGGUCGCAGCGCGUAGCUGUCGUGCAAAAGGGUGGCGGAAUCGGCAGGCGCCAUCACGCGGGUCACCGCGACCGUGGAAAAAGGGCUGUCCAGCCAGUGGCCGCGAUCUCUCGCCGAAAAGAUGGUCAUGAUGGCUGGUAUGGACGACCACGAGCGCAAAGUCGUCCUCGAGUUCUGUCACCUGCUCGAGAAAAGUAAGCAGCUAUUCAACGGGCUACGUGAUUUGCCACAAUACGGACAUAAGCAGUGGCAAGGGUACUUUGGGCGCACCUUCGACAUCUACACGAAGCUCUGGAAAUUCCAGCAACAACACAGGACGAUACUGGACACGAAAUACGGACUAAAGAGAUGGCAAAUCGGCGAGAUCGCAAGCAAGAUCGGUCAGCUCUAUUACCACUAUUACUUGCGCACCAGCGAAACGAGUUAUCUGCACGAGGCCUAUUCGUUUUACGCGGCAAUAAGAGGUCGCGCUUAUUACAGUCGUGCCGCGAAAGAGGACAGAAGCGAUCUAAUGGUGAAAAAGCUAAGGUAUUAUGCUCGCUUCAUCGUCGUCUGUCUACUCUUAAAUCGAAUGAAGCUGGUACGCGAACUCGUGCAAGAGCUGGACGCCCAAAUAGCCGAUUACACAAGCACCUAUGAACCGGACGAUCAACUCGAGUGGAACCUCGUGCUCGACGAAAUAAAAGCCUUCGUGAAAGCCGAGUCCGCUGUGAUCCUACACUCGGACUCGGAUCCGGUCGUGCUGAGUCAUAGGCUUCGGCCACAGACUUCGCCACCUGUCGAACGCUCGCCACCCAUGUGCCUAUCCUUACAGGAGAUCCUCAUUGUCGGCAACUGCGCCGAUCAGGUGAAGUUCAGUGAAUUAUCGAUGGACAUGUUCAGGAUGCUGCAGACCCUCGAAAGAGAACCAAGAGACGAUCCUAAUCAUCUUCACGACGCUUCGCCGGCUGGUAGGAUGCCCUUUAGACCGGGACCAUAUCCCGGUGCAGAAAAUGGCGCGCCAAGGCGCGACAAUCCACACAAGUACCUGCUUUACAAGCCGACCUACAGUCAGGUACAGGUGUUCCUAGCGAGUGGUUUCAAGGAGUUACCCGCCAACGGGGCGUUACUACUCUAUCUAUCGGCCGACGGCUGCUUCUCGACCGUCAAACACCCCGAAGAAAUGGGGUACGACCUAGGUGGCGUGUCGACGUGCAGCAAGCGGGAAGUCGAACACGGAAAGAGGCCGACGGGUGGUAAAGAGCCGCACUGCCUUUAUCCCGGUGACCUCUACCCGUUCACCAGGAAGCCGCUAUUCGUCGUCGUCGAUUCGGACAACAGCUUUGUGUUCCAACAGAUACCCCGUUACUUCGGGCAGCCUCUGAUGGUCCUGAUGUCGCCCCAGGACACGCCGUCAACUUUGCGCGACGUACGGCACAGCGGUAGCCUGUUUACCCUCUUUCUUCAUGCCCCUCUUGCCGCCUUUUGCCUUAUAUGCAACGUCGGGAGCCUCGAUGUGCAUCAUUGGGAGCGUUGCCAGCGUUACAUCGAGCGAUUCCUCGUCGAGGCCAGCCAGCUCGUAACGCACUCCCGAUGUGGUAUAGUAUUUUCAUCUUCGGCUUCUUCUUCUCUUUUCAUUUCUUUUUUAAUCGCGUUUUACGAUCGCGUUAGAGCGAUUACUAAAGCCAUUGUUUGGCUUCAAUCCAGCAAUACUUAUCGCCAAACGAUACUCACUACUUUGUUAUUGUCAUUAGAUUCUUCUUAUUUUUAUUAUACUUUUAUCAAAUCGCAGAGACCGGCGUGCUGCAGUUCUUCGGUGACGAUUUUCUGCGGCUACUUCUGGUACGUUACGUCUUCUGCGACGUGGUCCUCCAUCUCCAUCGGUCGUUUAGAGGACGUCAACAAAGACCUCGCUGUUAUCCGCCUUUAUCGGACGCCGAAUUUCUUGAGAAUCGUACUCUCCGACAUCUGGUUUUUGAGCUGGCUGCUUGCCUGGAUGCCCGCGAACAUUUUCCGGACGGCAACGAACUCGCCUGACCCAGGCAUUUUCCUUGCCCGCCGCCCGACGACACGUCGUUCUUACCGUCAUCUUACCAACACGAUUACGAUUACGAUUACGAUUACGAUUACUGUAAUUACAAUUACAACAAUAAAAUCGUUGCAUUGAGACCUCAUUAAA